CAACAGCAUGUACAGGGCUUGAACCUGGACUGCUCAUUCCGUUGAUGAUCUCAUUAACCAUGGGGUCACUGUGCCCCCACUAGUGAGAAGAACCCACCUGAUAUUUCCAUUUUAUUGUCAUCUAUUGUUUGUAAUACCAUGCUGAGCAGGAUUUUAAUUUGACACAUUCAGUUGUUUUUUUUUUAGCUUUCAAUACAUUGAUCCACCAGAAGAAAGAAUGAUUUUAGAGGCAUUAAAGCAGCUUUACUACUUUGGUGCAUUAGACAGUGGUGGCAAUGUCACUUCCCUUGGUCGCCAGAUGACAGAAUUUCCGCUCUCUCCAGGCCUUUCCAGGACUGUUAUUUUCUCGGCCAGUCUUGAUUGUGCAGACCUGGUACUUCCAGUGGCUGCCAUGUUGUCCGUGGAAAAUGUUUUUGUUACUCCAGGGGGAAAAAAGAAUUUAUCAGCAGCUACAAAGGCCCAUAAGGAUCUUGCGGAACAAGCAGGCGGGACAAACGACUUUGCCACGCUUCUGUUUGUCUACAGAAAAUGCCAUUCAAGCUCCUCGCCUCCGCGCUGGUGUCGUGAACAUUACAUUCAUUGGCGAGCGCUGAAAAUGGCGCACAACAUUCAUCGUCAACUGGAAACCAUUUUACAAAGACAAAUUAAUAAGAACGCUGUGCCAAAGCAAGUUACCGAGAAACCAAGUACAAACUCGAAAGAUCUGCUCAGGAGAGCACUUUGUAGCGGAUAUUUCUGCAAUGUGGCUCGAAAAAGUAGCACAGGAAACAGCUUUCGUACGAUGGAUGGACAUGGCACUCAAGUUUACAUUCAUCCUUCGUCAACGUUGUUUGGUUGUGAAGAUCAGCUGGAGUGGAUAAUAUUUCAUGAUAUCAUAUGGACCUCAAAAAUCUAUGUGAGAACGGUGUGCCCGAUAAGGUACGAUUGGGUGAGAGACCUCCUGCCUAGGUUACAUGAAGUAGACAGUUAUUCAUUGUCGGGCUGGGCUGAAGGGAACCUAACAGACAGUUGUCAUGAAGGGAACUCACGUGACUUUGACCAACACCAAACAGAUUCUUCCGUUGAAGUUGUUAAAAUUUCAAAGCGAAACACAGAAGACUCUAUUACGGCUGCCAGGCAACGCUUUAUGGAGAGAAAAAGAGCACGUGACCAAAAGCAGGACACGUGACUGGAGUAACAAGCCUGAGAAGGUGAAACGCUUUUAUAAGGACAGGCAGCACGUGGAUAGCGCCAUGCCGAAGGGCACGUGCAGCCAUAGUUAGCAGAGGAGACUAACUAUGGUGCAGCAAGCAGAUCUCCCGGCAUCAUGUGCAUCAAGUGCAAUGCAAAAGGUGCUGCUAUUUACUUCAUGAAUGGGGACACACGACAAAAACGUUGAUGAAUAGUUUAACGGAGGCUCACAUACACUGUAGCAAGAGCUAUGUGGAUUUUGGACCCUGAAUUGCAGGACAAUUUUUUGUCAGUUUUGUUUUGGACAUUUUUAAAAAGCGCAUCAAAUUAGUUAAUUUCACAAGCCUGCUGGACAAUACUUGUAAAGACUGUUUUUUUAUGUAACAACUAACAAGUUACUUUAUUGCAUGACUCAUUGUUUGUUUUACAUAUUUUUCAAUACUGACAUAUGUACAUAUAUUUCAUAUUUUAUUAACUAUUAUACCCAAAAAACAGAGCUGAUCAACCACCUAUGACUUGACGCUGCAGGGUUUUGAAAGGGAACAAUUAGAAUUUAAUUAAUUGUCCACUGUCGUAUAGUUUGAAGAAAUAGCACAUGCGGUGAGUGCAAAUUACUUCGCAGCCCUUUGCGAAAUUACAAGCACUAAAAACGCAAAAAAGGAUAACAAUCAGUAUGAGGACACGCAAAAUAAUGUCAGGAAGAUUACUUCGCGCGCACUUUACACUUACUUUAAUUUGUGACAUCACAAAUAAUAAGAUAAGAUAAGAACUUUAUUAGUGUGUCGAAGUCGCUAGCAUACAAUGUACACUAAUUGGGGACACCUAACUACAAUUACUUAUCGAAUUGUUAUUGUUUAUAUUUUUCAUUGCCGUUUCAUUGGCAUUACCCUAGCUUGAAAGCCGGAAUGUUAAACUUUGCGUCGUUCAAGACUGUUAGCCAUUUGGACAAAUCACGGAAUUUUCCGUAAUUCGUGCUUUAAUUUCUUUUGAAAAGUCGCGAUGAGCUAAAAAAAAUAGCCCGGUGGUCUUGCAUCAAUUUUGAAACAAACUGAAAUAAGGCUUCAUUGCUCGGUUUUAACCCCCGGGCGCAUUGUCAUUUGAAGGUCUCGUUUUGAAAGAAAGGCAAAAUAAAGUGGCAUUUUCGAAAUUUGGCCCUCGUGGCAUUCGCGCUUCUAGUUUCCUUCUCCGACGGUCUCUCCCCACCCCUUUGAAUUAAACGCCUGCCCCGUAGAUUACAAAAAAAAUCAAAACGUCACAGUUUUAACUAGAUGUAACUUUGUCUUUUGCAGAUAAACGGUCUAUACACCUUUUCUUUUUGUCGCUUAAAUCUUACAUGAAUCAAAACUGGCCAUUAUUGUCCAUAAUUAGCUCUUAUUAACCGAGCAGGUGGUCUGUAUGGGAGAAU